AUAUACAUACGUACACGUAUGUGGCGGUAGUGAAAGGCUCGAUGGAGGCCGCAUGUUCCAGUGGAUUGACGUUGGAGGUCUACAUUUGAUCGCCACGCCCAAUUCCAGCGCCUCGGAUCGCAUUUACAGCUGCACGAAGGGCAUCGCAAGCGUGUGGGUCGAUAUCCAUCACUGGAAUUGCUGCAUAGGAACAUUGUUCAUUAGACUGCUUAGAGAAUUGCCACUCAUACUCGACGUCGGCAAUAGCAGGGUAUCAGAAUCUCCUUCACGUAAGCUCGAAUCAGCCCGUUUGCUUGCGGAGAAUGCUGCGGAGGCGUUUGGCAAGGCAGACGGAGAGCCAUCGAAGUGUCCACGAUGCAAGGGGUCAGGUUUGCAUAUGGAACCAUCUACGAAGAAUAGCCAUUCAACUUCAACAAACUCUAACAAUCCCUGCUGGUUUUGUGAAGGGAUGGGAGUAAUGGCAGUUGCCAGUACCGAUGGCUACAUGCUGGGAAGAUCCAAUUCUCUUCUAAACACAGGUCGCUUCGAAAAGCAUCUCGGAAUGCCUGUCAGCUUCCACCUGUACAGUGGGAAGUUUCCAGAGGCGAAAACCAAACUCGUAUCGUACAAACCUUCGAAACACAUUCUUCAAGAGCUACAAGAGCCUCUGUCCACCCCAGCUCUUCAUCGUGACCUUCCCAGGAAUGCUGCAUCGAGUAGUUCGAGCUUCUCGGAAACCCAAACUUCUGAUUCCGCCGAAUUCAACGAAUUCUCAUCUUGGACGUUUAUGAGUCUGAAACACUUAGGGGAGCAACAUCGUCACAACUUCCACGCUAGAUUGAGUGCACCGUUUGCCAAUUCAAAGGCUGCCGCGGUCACAAGACCGUCACUAUCUGUGAAACCUACCGCAGCAGUACCUGGCGAUUCUUCCGCGCUCAUGCUGCAGAUUAGUAGCAAAACGCAGAGGAGAGGAAGCGACCCAAAGACCAAGAACUUUCAAAUUCUAUCAAAAGACGCCCUCGACUCUGAGUCCCUCCAGAAGAAUGACUUUCCUAGCAGGAGAGCUUCGAGAAGGUUGAGAGAAAACGCAUGGGAUACAAGUCUACGGAAACCCACAUUGCCCCCUCACUCGGACUUAGAUAGCGGCGCUGGUUCCAUACUUCGAGAAGGAAAAGGUGGAGAAGAUGCGAAAUGUACCACCAGGUGGUCCAGGCAUUCAAGGUUGCAAAGGAAGCCAAGGAAUCGUGUAAGGGAGGAGGUAGAAAAGGAGAUAGUGGUCAGAACUUUAAGAGCUCAACAUUCGCUUGCAACUAGAAAGUUGCUGACACCACCUGCAUCUUCAGAUCCUCUACUAGAUACCCUCUUGAAUGAUCAGAAUGCAGACUUGAUUGAGCAGCAAGGCAAGAAGACCAAUGCUCGCAUACGCUGGCCACUCGUGUCGAGCAGUACAGCAGAUCUUUCGUUGAUAAACAAGCUUGUUUACAAGAAGGCGAAGGAUGUCAUGACAUGCAAAAGCAGCUCAACAACAAAGAUCUAACAAAAUGGUGCAUUGCACAAACAGCCUAACUGCACUUUUAGGUUCAGUGCCAAACAUGCCAGGUCGCGGUAUUGUCUGCAAAGUUUCUACAGUUCCAAUUGUAACGUAUCACCACAACAUUCCUGUGUAAACCGCGUUUGUGCUGAAUACCUUGAAACUAAGUAGUGUACAAAAGUGCAGGGAAUUGAGAUCUGGACCUUCACAUUGCCAAAUAACUUUCUGCAGGCUUAUGAUAUGGGUUACUUUGAAUAGCCUGUGGUGUGUUUGUGCUUCUGCAUGUGAUCUGUAUUUUCUCUGUGAUAAUAAAGCAUGUGAGGAAUAUUUGUUUUUCGAA